AUCUCAAAAAACAAAGAUGACAGAAGUUUAUUUCCCCACAGCUCUACAGCAGGCGCAGGCAGGUCUGGUUCUGGUGAGGGCUCUUUACAGCUUGCAGUGGCCAUUGGUCACCAUCCCACCAUGUCCUCACACAGCCCUCACAGUGUCUUCCUCCAAAGGCCAUCCAUCCUAGCACAUUUGGGCCCCAGCCUUGUCACCUUCUUACCUUCCCUGCCUCUUCAGAGCCCCUGCAAAUGCAGUCACACUGGGGCUGGAGCUUCAGCAUGAAUCUGGGGGUACAUAGUUCAGUCCACAGCAUAAGCUUAAUACCAUACUGAGUUCUCCAACCCAUGAAUAUGGUGCAUCUCUCCAUGAAUCAACCUUUCAUCUCAGUUUUAUAGUUUUGAGUAUACAUAUUUUGUCAGUUUAACUCUAUGUCUUGAUGUUUAAUGCUAAUAAGAUGUAUUUUUUAAAUCUACCCUUCCAGCUAUCCAUCAGUAGUGUGAAGACACAUGACGGUGUUUAUGUGCUGAUCAGCUGACCCUGUGGCAGGCCUUGGUAGUUCUGUGGCCGUGGUAAGGUUCCCAGGGCCUUCUGCACGUGCAAUUCUUGAUGGCCUGCCUUCUCCCCUCCUAGCACUCCACCUUCAGUCUUCCUCUGCCAAGGUCGCUGGGGCUCCAGCACAAGUGUUGUGCGCAGGGUGGGAGUGGAGGUUCCAGUCCAGCAGGAGACACUGAAGGCUUGCACAGUUAAGCAUGACUAUUGUUGUGGGUUUUCUGUAGAUGUCCUUUAUCAGGCUGAGGAAGUUCCAGUCUCAUUUCCUAACAGUUAAGACCAUGAAUGGAUGUUGUAUUUUGUCAAAAUGUUUUUCUUCAUGUAGUAAAACUACUUUAUUCUGUUCGUAUGAACAAUAAUACUGAUUUCAGGUCGUUAAACGUGGCAUUGCAGAGGUAAAUCCCAGGUACUCAUACUGUAUGACAGCUUUUAUAUAUUGCUGGAUUUGGCCUGCUAGGAGUUUACUUAGGGAUGUUUUGCAACUGUGUUCAACUCAGGAGAGGUUUCUUUCCCCUCAGAGGUUCAGGGGAUUCACUCCAUGGUCACCUGGCUGCAAGGCAGGAGCAGCAUGGCAGACUGGUGUGGUGCAGCAGCUCGCCACAGGGUGGCCAGGAAGCAGGGGACGGGGAGCAGCUGGGGACGAGAAUGCACCCUUUCAGGCCACAUCCCAGUGACCCACCCCUUCCGGGCAGGCCUUACCUCAGAAUGUGGAGUUUGCGGAGGACACUUCAGACCUAAACCAUAACAACCACAUCAUGUAAAAGCACAGUGAUCUACAUAUACUACCAUUUCUCUCACCCUGUCCUUUGGGAUUCUGUGGUCAUAAUUUUUCUACAUGUUACAUACCCUGGGACCCAUUUUUGCAGUCAGUGAUCUAGAAAAGAAAGUUGAAAUAUAUUAUGCAGUUUCAUCAUUUACAGAACUCUUCGUUUCUUCGUGCAAUAAAACAAAGAUCCUCGCUGUCGGGGAGCAGACUCUGGCGGUGGAAAAGGGGAGACCACAAGCGUGGGAUGGAAGGCUGAAUGCUCUGGGAAGCAGUAAAGGGGGGCAGGGUGUUGCUGCAAAGGACCAAGAACUGAGGGGUGUGAGCUCUCGCGCGGGAGCAGGUGAAGGAGAGACUUGAGGUCCCAAGUCCCCACCCAGGGAGAGCAGACGGCAAGCCCUGGCAGCACUCCUGAUCUGCUCCUGAGUCCGAGGACUCGCAGCCACAGGCUCUGACUCCAGCCUGUGAAGGUCACUGGCUGCUGUAUGGAGGGCCCUACGGAGGGCUCGGGGCUGGCGCUGGGCGUGGACUUGAGACGGUGCGACGUGCCCUGGCCCUGCUCUGAAGGUGGGGCUGUCGGGGUUCACAAAUGGACUGGACUUGGGGUGACUCUGCUUACUGCCCCAGGCGGACAGAAGAAAGGACGUCUGGACGCUGUUGGCUGCCCGGAGAAGGCAGGAGGACUGGCAUCUGCAGAUAUGGAUCAGAAACUUCCAGAGUUGGUGGAAGAGCUCACAACUUCAGGAGAACCUCAGCUGAAUCCUGAGAAAAUGAAAGAACUGAAGAAAAUCUGCAAGUCUUCAGAGGAGCAGCUCAGCCAUGCCUAUCACCUGCUGAUGACCCAGCUGAGCCAGGACCAUGCUGAGAUUCGCCUGUCUGCUUUCCAAAUUGUGGAUGAGCUCUUCGCCAGGUCUCACCAGUUCAGGCUGCUGCUCGUUUCCGACUUCCAGGAGUUUCUGGAGCUCACACUUGGGAUGGACCAUGAGCAGCCCCUACCACCCCCCAAGGAGGCAGCCCAGAGGCUGAAGCAGGCGGCCAUGCAUGCUGUGGAAGGGUGGAAUGAGCGCUUUGGCGAGGCCUAUAAGAAGCUGGCCUUGGGCUACCACUUCCUGAGACACAUCAAAAAGGUGGAUUUCCAGGAUGUGAGCGCCAGGACUCCGGCAGAAAGGAGACGGGAAGAGGAGAAGCAGAGGCGCUUGGACAGAAUCUAUGCAGAGAGAGCUGAGCAGGCUGCACGGGAGAUGGAAGAAAUGUCUGAGGAGAUCAGCUGCUGCCUGACAGAGGUGGAAAACUGUUUCAAGCUGCUGGUGCCCUUGGACCUGGGCCCAAGCCCCAGUGCAUCUGCAGAGGAGGCCUCUCAUGCCUCGGGCCCUGGUUGGGCUGCCUUUGGCCGAUCUGGUGGCUCUGACCCCUGGGAUGAGGAGCAGCCAUGCUGCAGCAGAGACCUGCCUGCCUCUGCAUAUCACUCAGGAGCUGCUGGUAGUGGAGAGGGGUUGCCCCAGAUAGCACUGGGGGAACCCUCAGAGGAUGAGGAAAGUGACCUGGAGGAGUUUGUGCGGAGCCAUGGGCUUGGCUCACACAAGUACACACUGGCUGUGGAGCUGUCCUCAGACAGCCUGAAGGUGCAGGAGAACGAGGACAACCUCGCUGUCCUCCAUGCUGCCCGUGACGUGCUCAAGCUGAUCCAUAACAAGUUCCUGCCGGCCGUGAGCUCCUGGGUGCAGCGGUUUACCCGAGCUGCAGCCCAUGGUGGACUCCUGAAGCGUGCCAUUGACCUGAAGACAGAAUUGGAGCUCGUGCUGCAGAAGUACAAGGAACUCAACAUCGAGGCUGACAGUGGGCAGUGCCAGGCACGAGUGCCAGGGGAUGGGGACGACGAGGAUGAUGACUUCGUGGAAGUCCCAGAGAAAGAGGGGUACGAGCCUCACAUCCCCGACCACCUCCGGGCUGAGUAUGGGCUGGAGCCGAAGGCCCCGCCAAAGACCCUGGAGCAAGAUGCAGCGGCAUGGGGUGCUCAGGCGAGGAGGACAUGGAGGGAGGAGGAGGCAUCGGACCCCACCUCUGCUGCUGCUCAGCUAUGUCGGCUGCAGGACCGCCUAGCCCCUGCCCCACCCUCUGUUCCCAGGGCUCCACUGGGGCCCGAAGAGGCCCAGAAGCUGGCAGCAGAGCGGGCCCGGGCGCCUGUCGUGCCUUUUGGCGUGGACCUGUGCUAUUGGGGCCAGGAGCAGCAGGUGGCUGGGCGGAUCUUCAAGCAGGGGGCAGCCACUUUGGUCCAGGCCCUGCAAGGUGCCCUGUGGGUCUGGCUGUUCUGCAGAGCUGACUCUGAGCACCGCUUCUGGAAGCCCAGCGAGGUGGAGGAGGAGGUGGACAAUGCGGAUGUCUGUGCACUGCUCCGGAGCCGCCGCAUCACCUUUGCAGGGAAGUUCGAGCCUGUGCAGCACCGCUGCCGAGCGCCGAGGCCCGAUGGCCGGCUCUGUGAGCGCCAGGACCGGCUGAAGUGCCCUUUCCAUGGAAAGAUCAUCCCCAGGGACGACGCGGGACAGCCUCUUGACCCGGAGGACAGGGCCCGAGAGCAGCAGCAGCGGCAUCAGCCAACACGCCCAGACUGGCAGGACCCUGACUUCAUGCAGGACGUUGAGGCGGCCACAGGGGCAGACCUUGGCUCAGCCCGGUACCGCGGGAAGGGCAAGGGGAAGAGGAGGAAGUAUCCGAAGCUCACGGAUCUACAGGCGCAGGCCAGCACCUCCAGGGCCCGCCUCAAGAAAAAGGUCUUCGCCAAGGCGGCCGUGCGGAGGGUGGUUGCUGCCAUGAACCGGAUGGACCAGAAAAAGCACGAGAAGUUCACCAACCAGUUCAACUAUGCACUGAGCUAGUGCUGACCAGCGCCGCCUCUGUGCACACGCAAGGAUGGUGCUGUGGGGCCUGGGCAGGGACCACGCUGUUUCCCAUUCAGUUGUGCCCAGGGCAGGGGGCAAGGGCAGCAGCCUGAGCAUUGUGACCUGUUCAGAACCAGGGAUGAACUUGAACCCAGCCUGCUGUCUCCCCAAGAAGGCAUGCUGGGGGCUGCGCCCGCACUACCAUGCACAGGCCACCCCCUCCCCUGGGUGCAGAGCACUGAGCUCCCUCUGGUUGUCAGUGGCCACCAUCACUAACUGGCGGUCACCAUCAGACUGGCACAGGGCCUUGCGCAUGCGGCAGGCCCAGGUCUUCUUCCCAGAGGAUGCCCCGCCCCCAGCCCACAGUGCCUGCUCCGGGCAGUCCCAGCGGGCGAGCAGGUUCCAAGGUGCAGCCUGUCGUCUCUGGCUCCCCCUCACUUCCAUGCUGUCACGCAUGUCACUGCCGGGGGCGUCCCAGUGUCUUGUGCCCCACAUUCUGCCCUGAGUCUCUGACCCGGGCUGUUCCCCCCCGGGGCCCACGAGCAGUGCCGUGCAGUGUGCUGUCGCCGUGUGGAAGUGCAUUCUGUGCCUUUGGGACAGGCUGCUGCCUGGCAUAGUGAGGGCCACACUGUCUUCCUAGGUGGCCACAGCCCUGUGCCUUGCAGCCACAACACCCGUUCCCGACGUUCCUGCCAGCGCAGUCCUCCCUCCAAUUUAACAAUCUUAGUGGAUAGGGAGCGUUAUUUUUAUUUUCUUUCCUGUACUGCAGAUGAAAUACAUGGCCUUUGCACUGAACUAAAUAA